GCUAACCAUACACCAUGGCGUCUUCAGCACGUCCCAAACUCAAAACAACCUUCAAGAAGGCCAGGGUCAUCGCCCCUCUGCACACGGAGGGCCCGGUAGCCAUCUCUCAAGAUGGGACCAGGCUCUUUACAUGCGUGGGCGAGGAGGUCCUCAUGACAGAUAUAAAAGAGGGGCGAGAGAUUUGUCGGUUCUCGGGGGACACAGAGUCCAUUACCUCGUUGUGUAUAACGCCGUCCUCCACGCACCUGAUGCUCUUCACAUCGGCACUCGUACUGCGCAUAUAUGAGGUACCGUCAUCAGAUGAAUCAUUGGCUAAACGUGUACAUCCGAUCAGGGUGGUUGCGCGUGCGCACGACGCGCCUGUCCAUGUCUGCAAGGCCGACCCCACGUCCACAUACCUCGCAUCCGGCUCCGCGGACGGAACCGUGAAGGUAUGGAACAUCCUUCGCGGGUACGUCACGCACGUCUUCAAGGGACACGGCGGUGUGGUCAGCGCUCUUGCCUUCAACUAUCCGUUCGAUCCUUCGGCGGUGGAGCGCGAGACGAAGAUGCAGUUAAUCACCGGCUCUGUGGACACGCGCAUCCGUAUCUUCGACCUAUCAGCAAUCACCGCAAGAACAGGUGCUGCAUUGAAGCCUGAGGCCAUACUCGAAGGACAUGUCUCCGUUCCCCGUGGUCUGGACGUAUCUCCCGACGGUAAAUGGCUCGUCAGCGGAGGUCGUGACUCCGUUGUGCUUGUGUGGGAUAUCUCAUCCAAGGCUUCUUCCGCCACCAAAAGCAAAAGUAGCAAAGGGAAGGGCAAAGAGACGGCCUUCGCCCCCACCCUCGCCAAAACUGUCCCUGUCCUAGAGCGCGUAGAGGCUGUAGGAUUCCUUCGGCCGGACGAAGACCUAGCUGGUUCCCCAUCGGGACCUGGAAAGCUCCGUUUCUAUACGGGUGGCCAAAAGGGCGUCGUGCGCAUAUGGGACGCGCGUGAAGGUACAGUGCUAUUCACCUUGGGUCACGAACACGACGGCGGCGAUGAUCAAGAGGAACAACGUCAAAUUGUUGACAGCAUCUAUGUUCCUGCCACGUCCACGAUUGUCUCCGUGCACGCGGACCAGAACAUCCUCUUCCACUCUCUCACCAGCAAGUCCCUCACGCAGCAGCUAAUCGGCUUCAACGACGAAAUCGUCGACGCGACCUUCCUCUCGCCUCACCUGCCCCCGCAAGCGAGCGCAUCGUCUUCGAAGCUCACCGACACGCAUAUAGCACUCGCGACAAACUCUUCCCUCAUCCGAAUUUACUCCACGUCUUCCCUCGACGCGCGCCUACUCACUGGCCACUCCGAGAUCGUGCUCUGCCUCGACCAAGGUGCGGGUGGGCGCGUGCUUGCUAGCGGGAGCAAGGAUCGUUCAGCACGCAUAUGGGCCCCGGUGGCUUUGGGAGACUCUAGUGUUGCCGUCCUAGAAUGGGGAUGCGUCGCCGUGUGUGAAGGACAUGCCGAGAGCGUAGGCGCGAUCGCUAUGUCGCGGAAGACGGACUCGGAAUUGCGCUUCAUGUUCACUGGUAGCCAGGACCGGACGAUCAAGAUGUGGGACUUAUCGAACGUACCAAUAUCCCACACCCUCAGUAGAGUCGGCGCAGAUGGAGACGACGAGGAGCCACGUACCCUCAAGCUGAAGAGUCUGACCACACACAAAGCGCACGACAAGGACAUCAACUCGCUCGACGUCUCCCCCAACAACCGGCUGCUCGCCUCCGGCUCCCAAGACCGCACUGCGAAGAUCUGGGAGAUCGACUACGUCGCCACGGGCGCGAGCGUGCGCGGCGAGGUGCGCCUCCUCGGGACGUGCAAGGGCCACAAGCGCGGCGUGUGGUGCGUGCGCUUCGGGCGCACCGAGCGCGUGCUCGCGACGGGCAGCGGGGACAAGACGGUCAAGCUCUGGAGCCUGGACGACUUCACGUGCUUGAAGACGUUUGAGGGCCACACGAAUUCGGUGCUAAGGGUCGACUUCGUGAAUGCGGGGAUGCAGUUGGUGAGCUCUGCGAGUGACGGACUGGUCAAGUUAUGGAACGUCCGGGACGAAGAGUGCGUAUCCACGAUGGACAAUCAUGAAGACAAGGUCUGGGCGCUCGCUGUGAGCCAGGACGAGUCGAUGAUUGUCUCCGGAGCAGCGGAUUCAGUCGUCACGUUUUGGCAAGACUGCACAGAAGAGCAAGAGCUCGAGAAAGAGUCCAAGCGCGCAGAGCUCGUGCAAAAAGAGCAAGACUUCAUGAACUACCUUACCCUGCACGACUACCGCAACGCCAUCCAGCUCGCCCUCGCGAUGGAUCAGCCCGGCCGUCUGCUCAGCCUUUUCAGGGCCAUCCAGUCAGAGUCCGCCGAAGAGUCAGAAUCACACCUGCCAUCAUUCUCCGGCCAUCCUUCAGUCGACACUGUCCUCCGCACGCUCGCGGCCUCCGACCUCACCCGCCUCCUGCGCUACAUCCGCUUAUGGAAUGCAACCGCAAAGACAAGCGCCGUUGCACAGCGCGUAUUGCACGCUUUGCUAAAGCUUCGGCCGGCAGACGACAUAUCCCAGGCGUUUGGUGACGACCUCAGCUCGGGUGCAGGAGUCUCAGAAACCGAUGGCGCACUCACAGUCAGCAUCGGCGCGAAGGGCGAAGGCCGAGGUGCCACCGGUCUGAAGGACUGGGUCGAGGCUGUCAUUCCUUACACAGAGCGCCACCUUGCGAGGAUGGAACGUCUGCUCCAAGACAGCUAUGUAGUCGACUACCUGCUCGGUGAGAUGGAUGGUGGUUUGUUCGACGAGCUAGAUGAUCCCGAGGGAAACGAUGGGAUCGCAAUGGAGGUCGAUAGGGUAGUAGAAGUCACAGCUUAAGCCUUCAGUUUGAUUGUAUUCAUAGCCGCCGUCCUGCUCCGCACACAAC